AUGAUUUCGUAUGAAAACAAAAUAAUUUUAGCACCUAUGGUACGUAUUGGCACACUGCCUAUGCGUUUAUUAGCCCUACGUUAUGGAGCUGACAUUGUUUAUACUGAAGAAUUAAUUGACUGGAAAUUUUUACGAUCAAAACGGAGAUAUAAUAGCAUACUUCGCACAGUAGAUUAUGUUGAUCAAACUGAUGGCACAAUAGUUUUCCGGACUUGUGCUGAAGAGAAAGAAAGGGUGGUUUUGCAAUUAGGAACUGCGGAUGCAUCAAGAGCUAUUAAAGUAGCUCAAUUAGUGCAGAAUGAUGUUGCAGCAAUUGACAUUAACAUGGGAUGUCCAAAAGAAUUUUCAAUAAAAGGAGGAAUGGGUGUAGCCCUGUUAGCCCAACCUGAUAAAGCGUUUAACAUACUAUCCACUUUGGUGAAUAAUUUAUCAAUUCCAGUAACUUGUAAAAUUAGAAUACUAAGUACACAAGAAGAAACAGUGAAGGUUGUGAAUAAACUUGUGAGCUCUGGGAUCAAAGCCAUAGGCAUUCAUGGGAGAACACGAGAUGAAAGACCACAACAUGCAGUACACACAGAUGUAAUUAAGUAUGUUGCUGAAAGGAUAUCAAUCCCAGUUAUUGCAAACGGGGGUUCUAAAGAAAUAGAAAAGUAUAGUGAUAUAAUCAAGUUUAAGGAAAUGACUGGUUGUAAUAGUGUUAUGAUUGCUAGAGCCGCAGAAUGGAAUUGUUCUAUAUUUAGAAAAGAGGGUUUACUACCAAUGGACACUGUAAUAAAAGAAUAUCUUAAACUUGCUGUGGAUUAUGACAAUUCUCCAUCCAACACUAAAUAUUGUAUCCAAAACAUAUUAAGAGAUUUACAAGAAACACCAAGAGGAAGGCAAUUUUUGGAGUGCCAGACCCUAGACCAGAUAUGUGCAAUAUGGGACUUAGAAGAUUAUUGUCAAGAAAAACAAACACAGUAUCAGAAAAUGGGUAUUCAGGGCAGAUGGCAAGUAUCACCUGAUGAAUUGGAGCCACCUCAAAAAAAACAAAAAGCUAUUGACACAAACCUAACUGAUAUCAUUCAAAUGAAGGUGAGCUUUAUUAGAGCCAAUUUCAACGAUUUGAAUUUACCAAAGUCCCAACUUCAUCUAUGGGCAGGGAAGAAUGGACAUAAAUUGCCGAUUUACGAAACACAACAAAUUGAGAAGCUGUUUCGAACAAUCAUUACUUUCAAUGGAAAAAAGUAUACAUCAUCAUUUUGGGAGAAAAAUAAAAAAUUUGCAGAACAAGGUGCAGCUUUAGUAUGUUUAUUUCACAUAGGCGUGGUAACAGAGGAUGACUUAGUACGAUUUGGAAGCAUAAUAAAAUAA